GUAGAACUUUAGACUUCAUAGCCCUGAAUUAACCUGCACUGAAAGCUGUUUACCUGCAGUUGUUUACUUUUGUUGAAAGUGACCAUGUCUCAAGUUCAAGUGCAAGUUCAGAACCCAUCUGCAGCUCUCUCAGGGAGCCAAAUACUGAACAAGAACCAAUCUCUUCUCUCAGAGCCUUUGAUGAGUAUAUCUUCUUCUGCUAGCUCUCUGCCCUCUGAAAAUGCAGGUAGACCUAUUCAAAACUCUGCUUUACCCUCUGCAUCUAUUACAUCCACCGGUGCAGCUGCAGAAAGCAUAACUCCUACUGUUGAUCUAAAUGCACUGUGCAUGAAACUUGGAAAAAAACCAAUGUAUAAGCCUGUUGAUCCUUACUCCCGGAUGCAAUCCACCUAUAACUACAACAUGAGAGGAGGUGCCUACCCCCCAAGGUAUUUUUACCCAUUUCCAGUUCCGCCUUUACUUUAUCAAGUUGAACUUUCUGUGGGAGGACAGCAGUUUAAUGGCAAAGGAAAGACGAGACAGGCUGCGAAACAUGAUGCUGCUGCUAAAGCCUUGAGGAUCCUGCAGAAUGAGCCCCCGCCUGAGAGGCUGGAGAUGAAUGGAAGAGAAUCAGAAGAAGAAAAUCUCAAUAAAUCUGAAAUAAGUCAAGUGUUUGAAAUUGCACUUAAGCGGAACUUGCCUGUGAAUUUCGAGUCUUUCCCUCUGACACAGGUGGCCCGGGAGUGUGGCCCACCCCACAUGAAGAACUUUGUGACCAGGGUUUCAGUUGGGGAAUUUGUAGGGGAAGGGGAAGGGAAGAGCAAAAAGAUUUCCAAGAAGAACGCUGCUAUCGCUGUUCUUGAGGAGUUGAAGAAGUUGCCGCCUUUGCCUGCAGUUGAGCGAGUGAAGCCACGAAUAAAAAAGAAAACCAAACCUACGAGCAAGUUACAGACAAGCCCAGAAUAUGGCCAGGGGAUGAAUCCGAUUAGCAGACUGGCCCAGAUCCAGCAGGCCAAAAAGGAGAAGGAACCAGAGUACAUUCUCCUCACAGAGCGAGGCCUCCCGCGCCGCAGGGAGUUCGUGAUGCAGGUGAAGGUUGGAAACCACACUGCAGAAGGAACGGGCACCAACAAGAAGGUGGCCAAACGCAAUGCAGCUGAAAACAUGCUGGAGAUCCUUGGCUUCAAAAUUCCUCAAGCUCAGCCCACCAAACCAGCACUCAAGUCAGAGGAGAAGACACCAGCAAAGAAACCAGGGGAUGGAAGAAAAGUAACCUUUUUUGAACCUGGUUCUGGGGAUGAAAAUGGGACUGGUCAUAAAGAGGAUGAAUUUAGGAUGCCUUAUCUUAGUCAUCAGCAGCUGCCUGCUGGAAUUCUUCCCAUGGUGCCUGAGGUUGCCCAGGCCGUAGGAGUCAGUCAAGGACACCACACCAAAGAUUUCUCCAGAGUGGCUCCGAAUCCUGCUAAGGCUACGGUAACUGCCAUGAUAGCCCGAGAGUUGUUGUAUGGGGGCACUUCGCCCACAGCUGAGACCAUUUUAAAGAAUAACAUCUCUUCAGGCCACGUACCCCAUGGACCUCUCACAAGACCCUCUGAGCAGCUGGACUAUCUUUCCACAGUCCAGGGAUUCCAGGUUGAAUACAAAGACUUCCCCAAAAACAACAAGAACGAAUUUGUAUCUCUCAUAAACUGCUCCUCUCAGCCACCUCUGAUCAGCCACGGUAUUGGCAAGGAUGUGGAAUCCUGCCAUGACAUGGCUGCGCUGAAUAUUUUAAAAUUGCUGUCAGAGUUGGACCAACAGAGUACAGAGAUGCCGAGAGCAGGAAACGGACCGGUGUCUGUGUGUGGGAGGUGCUGAACCUUGCCUGGACAUGAACCAUUAUAAAAUCCAACAUAUAUACUCGAAAUACUGAAACUGCUUUGAAAGUUUGGAAUUUCUGAUACCUCCAGUGGGCUGAGGGACAUGGUGGGGAAGAACGUGGGCAGCAGUGGUGAAGACGACGGAGCCACCCAGCCCUGCCGCUGUGCUGGGUUUGCUGGCGGCCACACCGCUGUGUGACCCGGCGACCCCUGCACAGGAGCGGCCACGGUGGGACAGAGGGGGCAGCCCGGCUCCUCCGGGAAACCAGCAGCCCCGGCCCAGGCACCUCGGUGCUUUGGCCCUUUUUUUUCUCCUGUGUGAAAAAAGAAACAAAGUAGACUGGCUCACUCCUACACUUGGGGACAACCCUGGAUAGCUCACGGGAAGGCAACCUUCAACCUUCGACCAGCCCCAGAACUGCAAGCACCAGAGAAUCAAACACUUCCUACUCAGUGUAACCUAAUCUUUCUAGCGUGCUCCGGCCCCGCCGCCUCAUUAGUGUCCACACCACAGCCACUGCUUUCUCUUCCUACAGUGACGGUAUUCUCAGUUUCAUUAUUUUCUUUUGAUUGAUAUGACACUAUAUAAAAUUUUCAUUUGAGUUUCUCAAUUGUAUCUAGUUACAUAGCACAGUUUAGACGCUUGUCUGAGACUGACUUACCAGUAAUCUAACCGGCGAAGAUCAUAGCCAUGUGUAAGUGGUUCUACAUUGUUACUCCGUGGGACUCACCCAGGACCACUCCCUUGAUGCAGGCUGUGUGCCGCUGCUCCAGCCAGGACAGUCCUGGGCUUCUCAGAAACCUUGGCUAAGACUCCCACAGUUGUAUAAAUUGGACGAUUUAGGAAUUUUAAACUUUAGAUGAUUAUUUGGUCCUUUUCUAUUUUAUUUUUAUUUUUGUUAAUGCAACAGGACUUCAAUGAACUUUGAUCCUUGUUUUAAAGAUUAUUAAAGAAUUGUGUCUAUACACAUGGCUCUUGACGUAGCGCUCACGACACAACACGACACGACACGACAGGAUGUGAUCUCUGUGUAGUGCACCCAGGCCUGCAGGUUGGUUUUCCUUCAGUGCUUGACACUGUUGAUGGCAUUUCCGUGGAGGGCCGAGCAGAGCGAUGGUCUCUGUGCGGCUGUUGCUUUCGUGUGCGAGGCACGCAGAGGUGCGCACGCAGAGGGCCGCUCUGGUCUAGACAGACGCGCGGUAAGCCGUGCUCCCACUCAGUGUGCACGCCGGAACAUUUUCUCCCCAUGGAAUGUAAGUAAAACUUAGUGUUUGUCACCAAUAAAUGGUAGUACUAAA